AUGCUAAAGCCUUACGACUACUGGCAAUAUUUUCGCAACGUUGAUGAUCAAGAUGUUGGACGUUUUUUGAGAUUGCUUACUGAUGUGUCAAUUGAUGAGAUCAAAAAGUUAGAAUCCUUAAAAGAUCAGGAAAUAAAUGAAGCAAAAAAAGUUUUAGCAACAGAGGUAACAAAAAUAUGUCAUGGUGACAAAGAAGCGGAACUUGCACUAUCUGCUGCAGUCUCUGCUUUUGAGAAUGAAGAUAGCUCACUACUUCCUGAUUACAUCAUAAAAAAGUACAAGUUACAGGCGGCAUAUCCUUAG